AGCACGGGGCCAGAUGCAAAGCGAGCAGCAGGGCGCGUGGCUUCCCCUGGCACGGCUGCCGGCGCCCCCCAGCAUGGCAGAGCCUUCGCUGCCCCUCUCCUUCCUCUGCCUCCUCGCCUUGUCCUCCGCCUGCUACAUCCAGAACUGCCCCCGGGGUGGCAAGAGGGCCCUGGCCGACACAGCCCUCCGACAGUGCAUGCCCUGCGGCCCCGGGAACAGAGGCAACUGCUUCGGCCCCGGCAUCUGCUGCGGCGCCGAGCUGGGCUGUUACCUGGGCACGGCGGAGACGCAGCGCUGCGCCGAGGAAGACUACCUGCCUUCACCCUGCCAGGCCGGGGGGCAGCCCUGCGGCUCCGGGGGCCGCUGCGCCGCGGCCGGCAUCUGCUGCACCGCCGAAACCUGCGCGAUGGACGCGGGCUGCCUGGACGAGGGCAGUGACGGGGCUCAGGAGACGGCGGAGAAGAACCUGACGGUGCUGGACGGUUCGGCCGGGGAUCUGCUCCUCAAGCUGAUGCACUUGGCGAACCGGCAGCAGCAGGGCAAGCACCCCCUCCUCUGAGCUGGGGCGCCGGGCGUCCCCCCCCCUCCCCACCUUGGCAACGCCACCGAUCCCCCAACCCCAACUUUGUAAAUACAAAACCCAAUAAAAGUCCUCAUGCACUGUG